AUGGCGGCCAGGAAGCCCAACAUCCUUUACAUCAUGGCAGACCAGAUGGCUGCUCCCCUUCUGGCCUUUCAUGAUAAGGAUUCGCCCAUCAAGACGCCCAACCUCAACAAGCUGGCGGAAGAGGGUGUUGUCUUUGACUCUGCCUACUGCAACUCGCCACUAUGCGCACCCUCGCGGUUCGUUAUGGUGACUGGACAGCUGCCCUCCAAGAUUGGAGCGUACGACAACGCCGCCGACUUGCCUGCUGACACUCCGACAUACGCCCACUACUUGCGCCGCGAAGGUUACCACACUGCACUUGCUGGCAAGAUGCACUUCUGUGGUCCUGACCAGCUGCACGGCUACGAGCAGCGCCUGACGUCCGACAUCUACCCCGGCGACUACGGCUGGUCAGUCAACUGGGACGAGCCUGAUGUCCGUCUUGAUUACUACCACAACAUGUCCUCAGUCAUGGAGGCUGGCCCGGUUGUGCGCACCAAUCAGCUCGACUUCGAUGAGGAAGUCAUCUACAGGUCGAAGCAGUAUCUCUUUGAUCAUGUGCGCCAGCGCACCGACCAGCCAUUCUGCCUGACUGUUUCGAUGACCCACCCUCACGAUCCUUACGCCAUGACCAAGGAGUUCUGGGAUCUAUACGAAGACGUCGAGAUCCCUCUUCCCAAGCACGCCGCCAUUCCGCAUGACCAGCAGGACCCUCAUUCCCAGCGCAUCCUCAAGUGCAUUGACCUCUGGGGCAAAGAGAUGCCCGAGGAGCGCAUCAAAGCUGCGCGUCGCGCUUACUAUGCUGCCUGCACAUACGUUGACACCAAUGUCGGCAAGCUUCUGAAGGUCCUCGAGGACACCGGUAUGCGUGACGACACCAUCAUCGUCUUCACCGGCGACCACGGCGACAUGCUCGGCGAGCGCGGCCUCUGGUACAAGAUGGCUUGGUACGAGAACUCCGCUCGUGUACCUUUCAUUGUCAACGCACCCAACCGCUUCGCCCCUGCUCGCAUUUCUCAGAACGUCUCGACCAUGGACAUCCUACCGACCUUCGCCGAGCUCGUCGGCGCGCCGCUGAUCAAGGAGCUCCCUCUCGACGGCGUCUCCUUGGUACCAUAUCUCACCGGCGAAGACGGCGUCAAGACCGACACCGUGUUGGGCGAGUACAUGGGCGAGGGCACGCAGUCUCCCGUUGUGAUGAUUCGCCGCGGCCGCUGGAAGUUCGUCUACUCCCUGAUCGACCCGCCCAUGCUCUUCGACGUCAAGGACGACCCGCUCGAGAAGGUCAACCUGGUUGCCGGGCUUCCUGACCCGUCAAAGGUUAUUCCCGCAGACGUCAAAGCAGCCGCCACUGCUGCCUUCGGCAAGUCCGCAUCCCUCCCGACUCCCGUUGAGUCUCCCCGCGCAACACCUUUCGCCCAGCGCACUCCAAUCCGGGACUAUCCCUUCCCCAGCCCUACACCCCCACGCACCCCGAGCCCAGGCAAGCCUUCCAGCACCGCCGUCCCGGAGACCACAGACCCCAACAAGCUCCUAGCUUACUUCACCGACGAGGUUCAUGCCCUCUGGGACCUCGAGAGCAUCCGACAAGACGUCCUGCGCUCUCAGCGUCGCCGCCGCCUCGUCUACUCCGCCCUCAUCAAGGGAACCCCCCAGUUCUGGGACUGGGAACACCGCGUUGACCCGAGCACGCAGUACGUCCGCAACCAGGGCAAGGGCAUUCUCGACGACGUCGAGCUCAUCUCGCGCUGGCCCCGAGUUCUGCAGCAAGCUGCCCACGCCCAGGGCGUCAGGAUCUAA